AUGUUGGCGUAUGGGUCAUUUGAUGACCAGGUGGAUGGGAUUGCCCGGAUGGGGAAGUCCACUACUUUGGAGAGCUUGGUGAGAUUUUGUGAUGUAGUCGAAACUCUGUACACGAGGGACUACUUGCGUAGACCUACUCCUAGGGACAUGCAAAGGCUUCUACAAAAAGCUGAAGCUCGAGGAUUUCCAGGAAUGAUUGGUAGCAUCGACUCCAUGCACUAG